UGAGGAUGGAGGCUCCCAAAAUUAACCAAAAAGAGUACUUAAAGAAAUACUUGUCGAAAGGUGAUUCCGAAAAAAAGAAAAAAAAGAAAAAGAAGAUCAGAGUCGGCCCCAAAACUGUAACAAUCAUUGAUGACGACAUUGAUCUGAACAAGCUCUCAACAGCAUUCGAUGAUGACGAAAUUAGUAUUUUCAAUGCCACCGAAGAUGCACCUCAGAUAGUUGGUAUAGUUGAUGAGCGUGGACCCCUUAAUUUUGGUAAUAAACAAAAAUGGAAACUCAUUGCUGAUGAUGGCACUGGAGACGUAUCUAUUUCAAAAGUGGAAAAUCCUCAAAAAAGCCAGCAAGACAAUCACAAAUCUACAGAUAGUGCCAAAAGUACAAAAGAAGUCUCUAGAAAAAACAAAAGAAACCAUAGCUGUAGCAACAGUAACUCUGAAAGCGAUGAUGAUGACAGAAAAUCUAAGAAGAAAAAAAAAGUUUCAUUAAAGCGGAAAGGCAAACACAAGAAACGUGAUCAUAGCUCAUCUGAUAGCUCAGACUCCAGUUCUGAUUCAGAGUCUAGCACUGAUGGAACCCUUAAGAAACGUCAGAAAAAGCAAUCAAAUGGUUCUGAUUUGAAUCCACCACCAUCAAGGGGAAAAAAUAACAAGAAAGAAGACAAUUACUUGAACCCUCGCAAAGCAAGUGAACUGACUAAAAGACGUACUUCUGGGUGGGACGAAGGAUCUUCAAAUCAAGGAAGAAAAAAUAAAAGCCAAGAUGAAAGUAAAAAAAGGCAUAGAAGUAGAAGUAGUAGUGACAGUUACAGCAGCAGUACGUCUGAAAGUGAAGAUCAUAAAUCUAGGAAGAGAAGUUCGGAUUCUGAUUCGAAAACAAACUCCAGUCCUGAUGGAUCUAGAAAAAAUGAGAAAAGUUCAAGAAAAAGAAAAUCAUCCAAUGACUCUGAUCUCAGUCCACCAAGAUCUUCAAAAGACAUGAAAAAAAGAAGACAUGCUAGUGACAAUGACUUGAGUCCACCAAGACCCGUGAAAGAUGUCAGUAGAAGAAGACAAGCUGAUGAUGACGACUUGAGUCCACCAAGACCUUCGAAAGAUGUCAACAGAAGGAAAAAAGACAGUGAUAAUGAUUUUAGUGCACGGAGAUCAAAGUGGGAUAAAAGAGAAGAAUACGACGACUCGAAUGCACCACGAUCGAAGUUCAGUUCUCACAAUUCUCGUAGUAGAGAUGAAAGAUCAAACGAAAAAAGACAAAAUAAUGACUCUGACCUCAGUCCUCCUAGAACUUCAAGAAAGCCAAACAAAGAAGAUGAUCUUAGCCCACCAAGAUCAAAUAGAAGUAAGGAUGACUCCAAACAAAGGAAGACACUAGAUGGCAAAUCUGCUGGUCUUCAGUCAUUGAAAGCUCUGAAAGAAGAAGAAGAGGCACAAAAAAAACGAGAAAAAGAAAUGCUGAAAAAAAUGAGUAAAGAAAUGCAAAAUAAUAAAGAGCAAGUCGUCAUACGUGACAGAAGAACUGGAAAAAGACGCAAUUUAGAGAGGGAAGCUGAAGAAGCCAGAAAGAAACAAGAAGCCCAAAAUGAAAUUAAUGCAAAGUAUUCUGAAUGGGGCAAAGGUUUGAAGCAAGUUGAAGAUCGCUCUCAGAAACUUCAAAGAGAUCUACAUGAAAUGAGUAAACCUCUGGCUCGAUAUGCCGAUGAUGAAGAUCUUGACAAAGAAUUGAGGAUGAAGGACAGAGAAGACGACCCAAUGUUGGCUUACUUUAAAGAAAAAGAAAUUAAGGAAGGAAAAAGACCACCAGAAAAAAUGAAAUAUCAGGGCUCAUACAUGCCCAACCGAUUUGGUAUCCCACCUGGUUGCCGAUGGGAUGGAGUGGACCGAAGCAAUGGAUAUGAAAAAAAAUGGUUCGAAGCUCAAAAUAAGAAGAAAGCUGUGGAAGAAGAAGCCUACAAGUGGAGUUCAGCUGAUUUAUAA